ACGGGGGGAAUGAAAAGACGAACUCACUCGUUUCUCUUCCUUUUUAACUGGCUCGUCGCCCGGUGCGGUUGCCGUGUAUAGUUUCUCAUAAAACCGCAGUGUUCCUUAUAAUUUAAGUACUUUUGUUUAACUGUUGCAUUUAAUCUAUUCCAAACCGUAUCAAAAUGGGUAAAGAAAAGGUUCAUAUUAACAUCGUCGUCAUUGGACACGUAGAUUCCGGUAAAUCAACCACUACCGGACAUUUGAUCUACAAAUGCGGUGGUAUCGACAAACGUACCAUCGAGAAGUUCGAGAAGGAAGCCCAGGAAAUGGGAAAGGGUUCCUUCAAAUACGCGUGGGUACUUGACAAAUUGAAGGCCGAACGUGAACGUGGUAUCACCAUCGAUAUUGCCCUGUGGAAGUUCGAAACCUCCAAAUACUAUGUCACCAUCAUUGAUGCUCCCGGACACAGAGAUUUCAUCAAGAACAUGAUCACCGGAACAUCUCAGGCUGAUUGCGCUGUACUCAUCGUAGCCGCCGGUACUGGUGAAUUCGAAGCCGGUAUUUCCAAGAACGGACAAACCCGUGAGCACGCCCUCCUUGCUUUCACCCUCGGUGUCAAACAACUCAUCGUUGGUGUCAACAAGAUGGACUCCACCGAACCACCAUACAGCGAAGCCCGUUUCGAGGAAAUCAAGAAGGAAGUAUCCUCCUACAUCAAGAAGAUCGGUUACAACCCAGCCGCUGUUGCUUUCGUACCCAUCUCCGGAUGGCACGGAGACAACAUGUUGGAGGCUUCCACCAAGAUGCCUUGGUUCAAGGGAUGGGCCAUUGAACGUAAAGAAGGCAAGGCUGACGGUAAAUGCUUGAUUGAAGCUUUGGACGCCAUCCUCCCACCCACCAGGCCUACCGACAAGCCCCUCCGUCUUCCACUUCAGGAUGUCUACAAAAUCGGUGGUAUCGGAACAGUACCAGUCGGUCGUGUCGAAACUGGUGUCCUGAAACCAGGUAUGGUUGUGGUGUUCGCCCCAGCCAACCUCACCACUGAAGUUAAGUCCGUGGAGAUGCACCACGAAGCCCUCGCCGAAGCCGUGCCCGGUGACAACGUCGGUUUCAACGUCAAGAACGUUUCCGUCAAGGAAUUGCGUCGUGGCUACGUCGCCGGUGACACCAAGAACAACCCACCCAAGGGUGCUUCCGACUUCACUGCCCAAGUCAUUGUCCUCAACCACCCCGGACAAAUCUCCAACGGCUACACUCCAGUAUUGGAUUGCCACACGGCCCACAUUGCUUGCAAAUUCGCCGAAAUCAAAGAGAAGGUCGACCGUCGUUCUGGUAAGACCACCGAAGAAAAUCCAAAGGCCAUCAAGUCUGGUGAUGCCGCCAUCGUCAACUUGGUACCAACCAAACCCAUGUGUGUCGAAUCAUUCCAAGAAUUCCCCCCACUUGGUCGUUUCGCUGUACGUGACAUGAGACAAACCGUCGCCGUAGGAGUCAUCAAGAGCGUUUCCUUCAAGGAUGCUGGCGCUGGCAAAGUCACAAAAGCCGCUGAAAAGGCUGCCAAGAAGAAGUAGUUUUGUUACACCAUGUAUUGAAGCUCCAUUUAACUUUUAUACAAUAUAUUAUAUUAUAUUAAUUUUCCAAUAAAAACUACUGGAGUUAAAA